UGGGCUUCCUGUUUUUGUGCAGGUUUCUGCAAACCAUGAGGGCGUUCAGCCACCAUGGAUGCAAAAGAAAUAGUCCAUUGUGCUCUGCAAAUAGAGAAAUCCAAUGCAGACAGAAGCUAUGGGAACAUCUUGACCCUACUUACUGACCUUGAUAAGUCGCCUGUCACAUCAGAACACUUGGAAACGACAGAUAUUGUCAAAGUUCUCUACAGGCUCCUGAAAACCUGCCCUGACGGUGGUGUGAAGAAGGCAGCGAGGUGUUUGUUAUCUAAGUGGAAGAGACAGUACAGCAAAGAUAAACGAGGUGUGAAAUACACAGAGGAAGGCAAGGAUCCUGAGGGGGGUUCCCAGUCUGGUUCAGCACAGACAUGUGACAGUGCUGUAAAACUUGUGAAGGCCCCCUCAGAACAAGAGGCUUUGUCCUUAAUGGCUAAAGAUACAGAGAACUCUUCUGCAACUUCUGAUUUGUCAUCUAUAAGAGCCAAAUGUGUUCAGCUCCUCCUUGCUGCCCUCAGCCCUGAACCUCCUGAUCAGGACAAAGCUGCAGAGCUGGCUGUAGCUGUGGAGCAGCACAUCCACAAACUCCACGCAUGUAGUCAGGUCAAGUAUAAAGCCUGUGUGAGAAGCAAGGUCGCCAACUUGAGGAAUGCUAAAAACGGGCAUCUUCGGCAGGGCCUUCUGAGUGGCUUCCUGUCCCCCGAGGUCUUUACCCAGAUGUCUGCAGAGGAGAUGGCCAGCACGGAGCUCAGGCAGCUGAGGGAGCAAUACUCAUCCCAGGGUGUGAACGAGAGGCAGCUCCCUCAAGGUGUAGAGGGGAUAGAGACACAGAAGAUCCGAUGCAAGCGGUGCGGUGGGUCAGACUGCAAGGUGACACAGGUGUCCCGUGGUACCCUCUUUCUGCCUGCGUGGGUGCGGUCAGGAGGCCCUGAUGAGGAUGCAAUGACUUUUGUAACCUGCAGUGGAUGUGGGCAGCAGUGGUACCACAGUAGAUGGGUCUGCCUUUAAAUUAGAGAACGGGUUUACAAUUUUUCAAGUCUGUCUUAAAACAAGAGUCAGGUUCUAAGAUGAACAUUGUUUAAGAUUUAAGAUUGAACACUUACAAUGUAAGUAAUGGGGGGACAAAAUCCACAGUCCUCUUUCUGUGCAAAAAUGUAUUUAAAGUGUAUCUGAAACUAAUAUUAAACUUCAGCCAUCCAGGUUAGUCUGAUCAAGUUGAUGUAUUUCAGUGUUACAAUCUUUUUAGUUCCAAAGUCCCUUUUUUUGUUGCCAUACUUACAACUUGUGAAACCACUCUAUUUUUUUGUGGUUCCUGUUUUCACCACAGUUAAAAGAUUGCAUGUUUCUGUCUGAGUUGAGAAAACCUUU